AGCACAGCCCUAUGUACCGGCUGGGCAGAAGAAUGCUGCAGCUCCUGCAAGCGCAACAUCAACAAACUCGUCAAAGCCCCCUUCCACCUUUCCACUACCGCAUGGUGUCAACAUGGGUGCUUUGAUUAUGCCACCUCCAGGCGUUCCUGCACCUCCGGGAGUGGCUCCUCCUGCGGGUCAACAAGCUGCAGCAGGAAAUAAACCUGGCACUGGCGGCGCCACGACGCGGCACCCACAGCAGCCCGCACAAGCACAGCCGCAACAAGCAGUAAAUAAGGCGGGUGCACAACAACAGAAACCUACUUCUACUGCUCAACAAGCCCAAAUAACGGCCCAACAAAAACAAAAUCCACCUGCUCCAGUUGUAGGAUCCAAGACUCAGCAGAGUGUCAAUAUCAACAAGGUGAAAAAAGUCGACCCAAAUCAGAUGAAGAAUGAGUUCCUCGAAAACGUGGGUCCGGAGAUCGAAAAUCGUGGCGGUCUAUGUUCUCUUGCGGAAUUACAGUCUUUAACCUUAGUGAAGAAGUACUUCGACUUCGUGGUUUUCAAUUCGAAAGGGAGCAACAACACCUCCAAAGUUAAGGCUACCGAUGCGAAAGGGAUCCUCACCAUCAUCCCACCUGGCGCUUUCUCUACUUGAAAAAGAAGCCAAGGAUGCGCUGAGGGAUGGUGCCCAUAUGUCAGCUCUAACAAAGGAGACAACUCUGCGGCUGCACUGUCUUCGAGCAAAGCCAUGCUGAAAGCAGUCUUCGACGAAAAUGGCGAGUACUUUUCACUCCUGAAAGCUCCAGAUGGCGGUGAAUUAGUGGCAACAGCAGCAGCGUACGAUUCUGGUCUAGUCACCUUGGACAGGAAGCAACGAGCAAGAUUGGCAGAACCAACUUCCUCUAAGUGGUUACAGUGGAAGAAACAGUAUUAUCCACCUAAAUUUGCCGGAAGUAAACCCACUUCUGGUGGAGGUGCAGAAGAUCACGCGGCUAGUAAAGACGAGGACAUCAAAGGCAAGAUGAAGGAUGACAUCACUAGUACAACUAGGGACCGUGAGCGCGAUCGAGAGAACAAAAGACACGAAAGCAAGGACCGGAAACACGGAGAUCGAGACCGGAAACAUGGAGUCGCCCGUUCGAGAUCCCCCCGAAGUCGAGCAAGAAACACGCGAGGACGUGGAAGGAAUUCGCGGUCUCGUUCGCGUCGUGGAGGUGGUCGAAAACGAGCACGAAGUCGAAGUGCUUCUUCGAGACGUCACAACUCGAGAUCGUCAAGCCGCGGAGCAGGUAGGAGAAAGAAAGAACAGAAGAAAGCUCCAAAGGAGUCCAUCUUUAAGGAGAAGCAAGAUGUUGUUGCCGAACAGAACCAGAAGAAGACAGAGGGAGGUCUUUCCGGAGGAGGUCCUGGAGGUGUUUCUGCUGUUGCUAGUGGAGGCAUGGUGCCAGUGGGUGGAGUUAUUUUGCCACCUCCCCAUGCGCGACAGCCGUUGGCGCUACCACCUUCGUCAACAGGACGAGUAGUCACACAACACCCUCCACAAGAACAUCAACCUGCUCUGAAAGCUCCUGUGCCUAAAGCAGGUCCUGGCGCACUUGCAAUAGUCCCUGUAGCAACUCUCACAAGUUGUAACGUGGUCAAGAAGGCUCCUCCAAAAAAUACUACAGUUGUGGGCGGAACACAUGUCGAAGAUGAUGAAUACGGUUGGGGCGAUGCAGAGGCCGCACUCGACGAUCAUGGCGAUGGUGCUAAUGCGGAUGUUGGAGAAGACGACUACAACCCUUUUGCAGCUCCAGAGCUUGAGGACGAAGAAGGGAACGAACAUGGUCACGGUCGUGGAUCUAAGGCCACAGUAGGCGACCUGAUGGGAGAAGCAGGAGCUCGUUUGAAUAUCGAUGAAAUCGAUGUCUCUGCCGAUUUGGCUAAGAUUCCGCCACCUCCUGAGAUGGAAGUUGUCGAUUUCAAGAAGAUCGCUGAGGAUGUUAGGAACAAUGCUCAGGUGCUGGACGAUGAGGACGAUGUUCAGGUGAUUGGUGAAAGGAAUGCUCCCGGACCGAUUGAUUUGGAGAUGGACGAGGGGGGAACUACAACUGGAAAAACGGCAGGAGUUCUUGACAGUCGUCCUGGAACCAGAAUGCUGAGGAAGUUCGACGUCCUCGACAAGACGAAGCCAACACCUGUAGAUCGAGAACUCGAAAAACAGCAAUUGUUGGCAUAUCGAAAAAAACAACUUUUGUCAUCUCAACAACAAGGGCAACAACAAGGGAAUAAGAAUUCACCGGGGGCAGGAGGACCUACUUCCGGCCCAGAAGUAGUAGAAGAAAAAACUGGUGAACAGACGAGUAACACUGCAGGCACGACAUUCCCCGAACCUGACUUUGCACAAAUGGGGGUUGCGGCAGCUGGGAAUCCGAGUGGAGCGAAUGUUCCUUCUAGUACUACUUCUACAGGACGAGAACAAGGAGUUGCCGCGAGUACCAGCACAAGUUCUGGCCCAGACAAAAAUUCAGGGAACCAAACAAUUCAGCAGAUGCAGGCUCAAAUGGCAAGCAUGAUGCAGUCUAUGCAGGCAAUGAUGCAACAACAAAAUUUGAACAAGAAUUUGAAUCAGAACUCUUUGAUGAUGCGCAAUCUAGCAGGACAAAUGCACAAUUUGCAACAACAGCAGCAAGGUGCUGGCCAAGUAGGUGGACAACUACAUGGUCCUUCUACAACAAGUGGAGUUGUAACAACUACAACUUCUACCACAUCAGGUGCUGUAGGAGUAUUAAGGCUGUUGUAAGUACCUAGUACAUCUUUGGACGCAUCCUUGAUGAAAUGUAUGGACGAGGAGUAUCCACCUAAGGGAAAAGGACUCCUCCAUACUUAUUUUCAAGGAUGCACUUGGACUUGCAGGACGAAUUACGGACCGCUCUAAGAGUAGGUGGAGUAGGAAACCACGCCGGAGGACAAGGGAGUCUCAUCCCUGGGAAUCAAAUGAGUGCGAAUCAAGCUCAACCUGCUGCUCAGACACUGUCGAACUUGAGAGUGGGACCUGGAGGGACCUUUAGAGGCGGAGGAGGCGCGGCGUCCAUUUCGACAGGCAAAAACGGCACUCAACGUUUGGCGCCUGCCGGAGGUGGAGGAAGUGGCCACUACAACAACUUUGUUAAUCGUGGUGGAAGUGUUAUGCUUCGAGAAAUAAAUACUUGUAUUCUAAUAUUAAGUUCUUCUAGUAUUUUUUGAAUUCUAGAAGUUGUAGUAGACCUAGACCUAGUUGUACCUACGUUUCAGUUUCUCGAAUUCUAGAAGUAGUAGACCUAGACCUAGUUGUACCUACGUAGAAGGAGACUCGACUUACGAACGUGAAGAUGUUUCUGUACUAGAUUCCCAUCCCUUAUCACUCUAUGCAUAAUGCAUUGUUCCGGGCUGGUAUUCGGUAAACUAAGGGAAAAGAAGAAGAGAAUCCUUGUGAUCCAAUUCAGGUUACCAAAUGCCAGAGCCAUACACAUAAACCCCCACUCCGCAACCAGCACCUUUCAUAACCUACAAUCGCGGAGGUGGCGACCGUGGUGGCUACAACAACAGUCGUGACCAAAACACCAAGGGCGGAGGUGGCAAGAGCAACAGUAAAGGUGGUGGCAAGUCAGGUGGUGGUUCUUCGGGUGGCAAGAGUGGUAGUUCCUCCGGUGGUAAGAAGGGAGGAGGCAAAAGCGGUAGUGGGAAAAGCAAGGGCGGAAGCUCUACUAGACGAUGAUUGAAGUUCUUGUGAGGAUUCAUGAAGAUGAUUCAGGAAUUCUGAUUCAUCUUGAUCGUGAUGAAAUUGUAGUUCGAAGAAAAUACUCACCAUAUACACGACAUAGCUCGACCCUAUAUUUGAUGAUGCUGUAAAAAGAAUGUCGUUUUUAUCCCCUACAUCUUCCCAACAUCCCGCUAUACAGGUGACCAAGACCAUGUGAUUGUGAAUUUCUAUUCCCGGCGCUGAUAACCAUGAGGAAAAAUAAAGACGUCAACAUCCUAUUCCUCACCCUCAAACACAAUGUACGAAUGUCCAUGCCCCUCAGACCCUACAAGAAACUAGCGCCAACGCAGAAAAUCUCAUAACCAUAUCUAAAUGUAUCACAAUGCUAUGUGAAACAGCAACAGUCUUGCACCUGAUUUCCCGCAUUGCAAAGAAGCCAGCAUGAUGAACAUGUUGAUAGUGCAGAUAUGGCAGCAUCGCUUCUUUAAAGAUACUGGAUGGAAGAUUAUGCCCCAACAUGAAUAGGC